AUGUCCAGCCGGACCCACCACCUCCGCCGAGACCCUCGAAGAAAUGGGAACAAUGAGAAGCUGCCUCCCCCGCCAUCCCCGCCCCGAGAGCGGCCGGGGGCGGCGGCGCCAUCUCCCCUCACACCCCCCGCGGGCAACACACCCCCCCCCCCAGCCCCCAGGCCGCCGUCAGCCGCCCGCAGCCCCGCCGAGCCGACGCACGUCCCGGCCCGCAGUUCCCGCGCCCUUCGCCUCCCCGCCCGCCCCACUCACCAGCUCCUGCCCCAGCCCGGGAUUCCACUGGCCGCGGCCAGACCGAGACUCAGGUACAAGCCGCCGCGGCCGCCGGCGCCGCCGCACAAUAUGGCGAGUCUCGGCUUCCGCAAUGGAGCUCGGGAAAUACAACAGGGGCCGCUCAAUAUUCAUGAGAGACUGAAGGGAAGCCGGCUCGGCCGGCGCUCCGGGGAGGGCGGGAAGGAGCGAGCGAGCGAGGGGGCGGAGGCGCAGGACGGGGACGUGCACGGCGCGGGGAGGCCCGCGGCGCGAGGGGAGGGGGCGCCGCCGCGUGCUGGCCUGGAGGGCGCGAGCUGCCCCUCCCCGGGCCGGCCGGCCCCGCCCCCCGGCGCCCUCCGCGGGGUCGACGCAGCCCCCGGGCAACGCCCGGAUGUCGACGGCGCCGCCUCGUUCUCGUCGUUCAGGCUGCUUGUGCUCUUCUGCCCCUGCCUCGGCCCACCCAUUACGCCUCCUUGGUUGGGGUUUGGCCUCAAGAGUUCUGCUCUCUGUGACUGCCUCCAGUUCUUACACCCAUCUCACCUGGUAGACAUCGUCAUUAGGCAUUCAGCUCUAGAACUUCACCUGAACUUCGGCCCUCUGCCUCCCCAUUCAACAAACACUUACCAUCCUGGCAGAGUGAACCUACAAGAUCUAAUUAUUCCAGGGAAAAUGACCUUCUAUUCUAGAAGUAUAUUGUUGGACGUCGGUUUUAUUUAUUCAUCUGACAGAGACAGAGAAAGCGAGAGCAGGAACACAAGCAGGGGGAGUAACUUUCGGUAA